AUGUCGGCCAAGCGGACUCACAGCGUUUCCUGGGUCACCGUCCUCACGCUCCUCGCCCUCACCUGGUUCUUCCGCGACUUGCUGUACACCACAUGGACCCUGGCCUCCUUGCGAUUCAACUGGCGCAACGGUGCGAACACGUUCGUGUUGUCCAAGGCGCAUGACGACUUUGACAUUACAUUUCUCGACUACGACAAGCAUCAGCUGACAGCAGCGCCACACGAAAAUCUGGUGCCCCCAGUGCUGCAUCACAUCGCUCUGGGCGAGCACGGCAGCCGCUGGAGGGACGACUGGGAAACCACUGUGCAAAGUUGCAUCGACAUGCACCGGGGCUGGGAGGUGCACAUGUGGACGGACGAAGCAGCCGUGCAACAUCUUGCCCUGUUUGUGCCGUGGGAGAACUUCUUAGGCGAAGAACGAGGCGACAUCAACGGGAUAUGGACGGCGGCCCGAGAUGUGCUGAACCCGAGAAUAUCCUGCCUCAUCGACAACAUUCAACUACUUCGGCGAUCUGCUGAAGACGCCAAGCGCGAUGCCAAGCAGUGGGAAGCCACCGCCGGCGACCGAGAUGGCGGGGACCCACAGGCGGAGGAGGCGGGCGUGGGCCGGGCGGAUGACGAGGCCACAACGGCAUAUCAAUCUGAUGACGUGGGAAGUGCAACUCGUCUCAUCGACGUCGUUCGGGGUGCGGCCAGCGCGAACCAGAUCACUGCGGGGUCACGUGAACUCAGCGCAAUGAUGGAGCAGCUCUGCCGCUUCCAGCAGUCAGCACUAUCCUCGACGGCCGAGCUCCAGUCCGCCACAGCUGGUGAACACGGUGAAAGGCGGAUAACAAUGCCCGAGCACGCGUGCUCCGGAGCCGCAGUACCGCCGCAGGACCAGGUCCGGGCCAUCAAAUCGCAGCAAACAUGCGCCUCUAGAGAGAGGGUGAAGAGGAUCCAGGGCAUCCAAAGCAUGGGCGAAGCCCACGGAACUGAUCGCAGCGCAGCAGCGCGGAGUGUGCUCGCCGGCUUCGGAGAGGACGACAUCCUCAUGACGCAUGCGGAUGCCGAUGAGACGGUAGGCGACACAAGCGUCGCCAGUGUGGACGUCCGCUUUGGUCCCUCAACCUCUUUCGUCGAGGCGGGAAAAAAUCUGGCUGCGCGGCUGACGCUGAACAAGAAACAGGGCGUUGCUCUGUUGAUAAUUUGCCGCCACUUGGACUCGCUGCGGGAAAGGGGCCGAGGCGAUGGCAGCCAGCUCUGUCAAUUUGUCGGUGGUGAGGGCGGCACCGGCAAGUCCCGCGUGAUCGAAGCACUUGUGGCACUUUUCGCGGCGAAGGGCAUCUUGAGUCGUCUGCUGAUCACGGCGACGUCGGGGACUGCCGCGGCGAGGGUCAACGGCAUCACGAUUCACUCCGCCUGCGGCUUCACCAAGGACCAGGGGCCGGGCACCAACACGGCGAAAGACCUCGACGGGGUCCGACUGCCAAAGCAGGCAGAGCGAUUCAUCCACGGUCAGUCCCGGAUAGACUGGCAGGAGAAAGAUGUGCUUGUCAUCGACGAGGUGAGCAUGCUCGGUGCGAGGACGCUCUAUGCAGUAAAUGAGCAGCUCUGCCGACUUCGCGGAUCGCAGCAAGACUUUGGCGGCAUCCCCAUCGUUCUUUUUUGCGGAGACUUCCAUCAAUUCCGACCAGUGCAAGAAAGGUCAAUCCUCCUGCCGAGCGCGGCCGUAUCGUGGGACGAGGACAACACUUUCAGGGCCGAGCAACGGCACCAACACGACAAGGCGUACGGGCUGUGGAAGAGGUUCACGACGGUGGUCAUGUUGGACGAGCAGAUGCGCGCCGCAGGAGAUCCGGAUCUGCAGAGGCUGCUGAAGCGUAUCCGGCGAGGUGUGCAGGACCACACGGACUUGGACCUCCUUAACUCGAGGUGCUACCGGGAAGGUCAGCGGAUCCCGUGGGAAACCGGCAUCACCGUGGUGACGCCGCUGAACAGGAACCGUUGGAACCUCAACAUGGAGGCGAGCUUGUCGUUCCGGAUCCAGCAACGGUCGAUGAUGCGCAUCUUCAUAUCCGAGCACAAGUGGAAGGAUAGUCUGCCGACGGAGGAGGGGGCCAUCAUGAUGCUGAACCAGGGUGACGAUAGCGCGAUUCCGGUACCGGCCGUCUUCAUGUUUGUCCCGGGGAUGCCCGUCGUCGUGAACCACAAUACCCAUCAAGGACUGAAGCUUGUCAAUGGUGCUGGGUACACGGCGGUAGAAGUCAUCCUCGACAAGGCGCACCCGGGGCAUCGGGUCUCGGCCGACAUGACGAUACACUUCGGACCGCCAGCGGCGAUAAUACUCGAGUCGGAGACGACAAAGGAUUUUCACUUCGUAGGAAUGCCUCCCGGGACGGUGCUGCUGACGCCGAUGAGCAUCAAGAUCCAUUGUCAGCGGAAGCGACCGUGGCAGCAGAACGACGUCACCAGGAAAAGGCUCCCGUGCGCCGCGGCUUUCGCGUCCACGGAUUACAAGGUGCAGGGCGGAACGCUGAAGCGCGUGGCGUUGGAGUUGCGGGGCACAAGGACGACAACCGUCGGCGGAAAGGCCGUCCCCUCGCAAUGUGACCCGUACAGCCUGUACGUGCAGUUGUCGCGAUGCCCGACACUGGACGGCAUCAUGCUCGUGUCUAAGGUGCGGGAGAGAGACCUUGUGGGCAAUCGGGUACCCGAGGAGAUGAAUGCGGCGCAGUCCAGGCUAGAGACGCUGAGCAGCAGGACUGUUGAGGAAGCGUCGUCCUGGCUGGGCGAGCGUGAUGGAGCGCAAGAACAGAUUGCGUCGUCAUGCGUGACACUGUCGGGUUGGAGGACGAUGAAGCCGGCGGAAGUAGUCGAGGACGCGAGGGCGGUGUGCGUGGCCGUUGGCGGGGAAAGGCUCUACCAAUCACGACGGGUUUUCAACAAGGAAUGA